CAACAGAAGAUUCAAGCAAGAGUGAAUACCCUUCUGAUAACAAAACUGAACCCAGCAGAUUAAUGGUUCGGCCGCCAACAGAAAGUCCGCAGAAUAAAUUAAGUAUCUUGUUUGAAGAACUUCAGAAAAUUCUUGAGAGUGAUGAAUUUGACGACGGCCUAAGGAAAUACUUACACGAAUCCAAUCCAGACUAUUUGAGAAAAAUUGAAAAAUGUAAGAAAGAUUUGUUAAAGGAGGAUCAUGGAAUUGUAGUUGCAGGUGAAACGAGUGCAGGGAAAUCAACGUUAAUCAACAAGCUACUACAGAAAAGGAUAUUCAAAGGCAGAAAUAAAGAAUCCACAUCUACAAUUUGUAAAAUAAGAAAUUCUGAAGAUAUAAAGAUUAUAACUGAACUCUUAAAUGGGGAAACAGAAAUAAUUCCUUUACAGUGCAGUAUCGAAACAGAGAUUGGAGAAAAGAUAUUAAGGGAUACAUUGAAAAGAUUAACAGAUAUGACGUCUUCGAAAGACAGCAAAGAUUUUCGAUCUGUAGACGUAGGAUUUCCGAUACCUUUUCUGAAGGGCAACACAAUCAUAGUUGAUACUCCAGGAAUUGGUGGUUCAGGAGAAGUGAGCAAGAAAGUUAUGGAGUACCUCCCUUAUGCAGUUUCUUUUAUUUUUGUUGUUGAUGUAGGAAGUGCUGGUGGCAUGCAGAAUGAUCGGCUUCCGGAGAUUCUGAGGUCAAUAAUUGAACUACAGUUAGAAGAUGAGAUGCCAUGCUUUGAUCCAAGAGAAGUAAUCUUUAUUACAAAUAAGUGGGACACAAUAGCGAGAGAUGGGGACAGUGAUGAGGACAGCAGCGAUGAAGAUCAAGAAGAAAAGACCUGGAUUGAACUUAAACAGGAUAUAAAAAACAUCUGGCCUUCUGUAAAAGAGGAAAACAUUUUCAAAAUGAACCUUAAGCAUAUGAAUGCUAGAACAGUUGCCUCAGCGAAAGAAUUUGAAAACUUUCAACAUUCUUUGAAACGAAUUAUUAAAGGAAAUGAAAAUAUAAGACUUUUGCAUCAUAUACGGUUUCUGGACGAAUUGCUGAAGAAUAUGGCAAAAGGAAUCAAUUUUGGACUAGCCUUAAGCAAAAGAUGUGUAGAAGAACAAAAGGCCUUAACAAAUAAACAUCAAGCGAAAAUCAAGGAUUUAAAGAGAAAAUGGAAAGAGGGGGAAAGGAAAUUACUGGACGAUAUUCAAAAGAUUAUUAAAAAUGAAGCUCAUAGAGUGCUUAAUUACAUGUCUACUGAUGUCGGAAAAGAAACAAUAUUAAAUCCACCAGAACAAAAGAGCUUAACUGAAAUUAGAUACAUCCCAAUCCUUUUCAGUAAAGAGAUCAGAAAGAGAAUAGAGAUGUAUGUCCAAGGAGUAUUGCAUUAA